AUGCUCAUUUGCCUGACUCUGUGCCUAUAUUGUCUCUUUUCUAGGUCUCUCUGUACAGUAGUGUGCAAGUGGACAUACACAUCAGAUAGAGGUUGGGAUGACAGUUUCUGGAAAAUGAUUGGUUUGGAAGAUUUGGUGAAGGAUAAGUAUGAAAAGAUAGGAAACCACGUCUUGUCUCCUGGAGAGGCUGUUGGGGAAGGUCUGACAGCGGACGCUUCGCAAGAUCUCAGUCUCCCCGAAGGGAUUGCAGUGGCAGCAUCUCUCAUUGAUGCACAUGCUGGAGGACUAGGAGUGAUUGGAGCAGAUGUGAAAGGACAUAACCUUCCAUGUGAGAACCAGCCCAUUACAUCCCGAGUCGCUAUGAUCUGUGGAACAUCUUCGUGCCACAUGGGGGUGAGUGAAACCCCUAUUUUUGUGCCUGGUGUUUGGGGACCUUAUUUCUCUGCCAUGGUACCUGGAUUGUGGUUGAAUGAGGGAGGCCAGAGUGCUACAGGAAAACUGAUCGAUCAUGUGGUACGAGGCCACGUCGCCUUCCCAGAAUUAGAGGCCAAAGCUGCAGCCAGGUCACUGUUUUAUUCCUUUAUCACAUCCCUGCCUUACAGACUGAUGCACACUGCAUUCCCAGCAGUGGCCUCAUUCUCAGUCAGGGGAAUUAACAGUCUGAUAGUGGGCUGGAAGUAUUUACAAAGACUUUCCAGGUGAUUGCUCUUAAAUGUAAGGUUUAAACUCCCUUCAGAUACCUUUGGCAUAUCUAAAUAAUCAUAUUAACUUUUUCCUUUUCUAUCCAGCCCAAGGUAUUUCUUGAUUCCAUAGCACCAGCCCUUUUUAGCACACUUCUGUGCCUUGGGCUAACAAUAUGUCUUAAUUUGUAGUUUAAAUGAUUAAGCUCCAAGGAUAGGAUGUAACUUAAUUACUUAUUAUUCAGUAUUUUUGAAAUAGUCAUUCAAAGGAAGAUGUAGCCACUGUAUGAGAAACUCCUGCUUGGCAGCACAAAUAAAACAGAGAAACCCAGGAUGAAUUUUCAGACAAAACUUUAAAUGGAGGGGUGACUUGGAGGUAACUCCAGGAUUCCUUGAACAAGAGGCUGUGUGUGAUGUGGAAUUUGAGCUUGUUCUGCUUUAGAAGUGGAUGAAGACAGUUCAGACACUUCUGUCAGGCCUGGACUUCCUCAAGCUUUUUUGGCUUGGAUUCAUUCUAAGAUGGUUCACAUCACUCCCAGAGAGGUCUUAGCUGAACAGUUGGGCACGUUGGAUGAAAAUGUGAUUCUCUUUUAAUGUCUUUUUCCUCCUUAGAUUAAGGAAAAAAAACCCAGCAAACUUGGCAUUUUCCCUUCAGUUUCUCCCUCUGGUCUGAGAGGCAGGGUCAGUCCUGACAGAUGGAUUAAGCACGUGCUCUUACAGUUAUUUUCAGUCCUCCCUGGGGAGAUAAAGCUCUACCUGGUUUCUCUGGAUGACCCUUCCUUGCUUUGCAGGGCCCACAGCCUUACUUGUUUGUUAAGAACUUGACCAGGAUUCCCAGAAAUGAAUUGGACUUUAUUCAAUAUGAAACAGAUUCACGCUUCCUAGAAUUCUCUUUGUUGUUCUCUGGAAAAGGAAAUCAGGAAAUAAAUGCAUCUGUGUAUGUUUGGAAUAAAGAUUGAACUGGGUCUUUUUCAAAAUUCUGGCUUCAGGACAUUUUUCCAGUGCCCCAUUUGAAGCACAAGCAUAAGACAAACAGUUUAGUCUGUAAUGCCAGGAUAAACCAUUUUUUUUGUGUUGGAAAAGUACCUAUGGAGUAGCCUACUUGUGUCUGCUGGGUCUGAUACUGAACUGACUGAACACAAACUAUGCCACAGUGCAAAAACUGAGAUUGUGAUGUGAACAGGACACUAAGCACAGAAUAUUGGCAGUAGAACUCCAUAUUAUCCAAGGAUAUGGUGUCAUAACUUUGGAUUUGAGUCUCCUGUAGUUAGUAACGUGGU